UAUAUUUGAAAUCUGGACAACAGCUGGAAGAGGCAAAGGUAAAGAAAUAGCAAAAGACCUGAAUGCGGAUUAGUUGCAAAACGUUGCUCGAGUCUCGGAGAUGGCACUGCAGCUGCAAAUUGAGAAGCUCAAAGGUUUGGACAACUACAAGGCCUGGUCGAUGACGGUGCGGGCGUAUCUGGAGUCGGAAGAACUCUGGACGGUGGUGGAGAAUGGUCCCGAGAACAACGAGGAGUCCCUGCUGAAGGACAAGCGAGCCAAGUUUUUGAUUCUAUGCCUGAUCGAGACGAAGUUGUGCCAAUUUAUGGUCAGCAUCCGCACGGCUCGGGAUCUGUGGAAUUACCUGCGCACCCAGCACUCGCUGCGUUAA